AUGUCGGAUGAUGCAGCUGCCACUCCGCCAGCUGCCGCAGUGCCAGCUGGAGCUGCACCACUCACUCGUGGACAAGACCAGUUGCCAGCCCUACGCACAGCAAGGGGGGUGCUGAAGCAGCAGCUGAAAGAAUCGACCAAAGAGAUUCGCAAGGAGGCAG